UAUUUUGUGAUACACACAAGAACCGGAAGUGAAUCGUUUAUCAUACUCGUGCAUGAGCUUGUAUACAACAAACAUAGCAGGGGAAUAAAAUCAUUGAAAUAAUUCAUUUAGUGUAUUUAGACUCCUCAGAAGGAUAUGUCGGACAACGAAGAUAAUUUCGAUGACGGAGAUUUUGAUGAUGCCGAAGAGGAUGAAGAAUUAGAUGACUUGGAAAACCCAGAAGAUGAAGAUCAAGAGAAUGUACAAAUCGUACCAGCCGGCGAGGGCCACCAGGCCAACCAGAAGAGGAUAACGACAUCAUACAUGACAAAAUAUGAGCGAGCCAGAGUUUUGGGAACAAGAGCUCUCGAGAUAGCGAUGUGCGCACCCGUCAUGGUGGAACUGGAAGGAGAAACGGACCCCUUACAAAUUGCCAUGAAAGAGCUCAAGUGCGGAAAGAUCCCCCUCAUCAUCCGCCGAUACCUUCCAGAUGGGAGUUAUGAAGACUGGGGCUGUGAUGAGCUCAUCAUUAAUGAUUAAGUCAUUUGCAAGCCAGCCUUCCUUCUACCAGCAAAUGCCCACUGGAGGUGCUGUUGUCUUUGUUCAUUCUAACUCUGGAGCGACUCUGUGGAAAUGUAUCAAAGAAGCGUCCUCUCUCGCCACUUAUGUUGAAUUGAAUCCAUUGUCUGUUAAAAUCACAUUUUGAGGAUGUUCUUCAAAUUGGGGAAAGCACCGUACUGUUUCUUUUAGAGAAUAAAGCCUGUAUUUUUAAAUGUUAUUUUGCGCAAAUGUGACUGUAAAAUUGCAGUUUUAUGUUUUGAAUAAACCUGUUGUCAAGUACUUGUACUUGUUGUGCUGUACUAACAACACUGAGACUUUCAAACAGCUUUGUAAGAAACAAGUGUUCUUCUUCACGUCAAUCAAAUGAAUUCCACCACACAUCAAGAAAGAUGUUGACAUUCUAAUAAAACGAUGCUUUUUGAUCGUUAGUGUUAGUACAAUUCCAUGUUGUGCUGCCCAAAUACGCCUUGAGCUGUUGACAUGGUCAUGAGGAGUUACGGCCAACUUUAACAAGACCUCCACGACUUAAUUUGUCAUCUGAAAUUUCCAAAUGGAAUAUUUUCACAAACCAUGGUCCCAUUCCAUGUUGUGUAUUAUUUAAAUGGCAAUUUUUUGGAAAUGAGGGUUGUAAACUACUGAAUCUUCUCGCCUCCAAACUUUUCUUUCCCGUGAAAACACGCACAAAGCAGUCUCUGUAUUGUUUUGGGGGGAAAAAUAGGUUGUCAGCAGUAACUAGGUCAGUGUGUGUUGCUUUGUUUUGGAGGAAAAGUCUGCACACCCCUGUUGAAACAUCCACUGUAACUAUUUGUGUGUCAGAACAAUUGUAAAGAAAAUUAGCGAUCAAACGACACCAGUGGGGAACUUUUGCUCUGAUCUUAUUUGCAAUGAUUUCCACAAUGAAUCUUUAUUUAUGCUGCUUGUGAUGGUUUCAUAUGUAAGUCUCUUGAUAAGAGAAGGUGCCUAAGGGGAACUGUGGGCUGCUUUCAUGGCCAUGUGACAAUCAGCUGCACCAACCACAGUAAGGACACCAUCAGGUCGCCCGCAGCUGAGGAUCUUGCUAAUAUCUUUUAAUCUCUAAACUGCACGCCAUUAGCUGCCGAGCCACAUUUGUCAUUAGUCUUCUUUCCAUUUGCUCAUUCAGUGGUCACGCGUUUCUUUCCUUGUGGGACAGUGAUUUUAGAACAAGCCGUAGCACUGUGCCUUUUUCUUUUUGAUGUCUUGUCGUUGUGCUUUUAAAAUAUGACAAGUUUUGAAGUUUUCUUUGAAAAGUAUUUGUAUCUGGUGAAAACUGGAUUGGCUUCUUUUAUAAAUCGUUCCAAUCUGUCCCCUUGUCCAGCAGCCAGUUAUAAAUAUUUGUCAACUUCUCUAUCCCCAAGGAAUGAGCCACUACUGCCCAUUCUUACACUUUGCUCAAAAUCGUUUGUUUUUCAUCUAAGUGUCACCAGGUUGGGCUUUUUUUCAACCACAUAAAUAAACAAGAACAAAAUCCCCUAUGCAUUUAAAGCAACUGCAAUUUCUUUUUAACUCCGGGCAUUGCAACUUGUUCUCUCUGACAACCAUUUAUUGAUCAUCAUUUUACUGAUGCAAGAAUAGAUAGCUCAGCUCAAAAGGAUGUCUUGUGAUUUCCAAAGCUAACUUCAGGCGGAAGGAAAAUAGAAAAGAGCUUCCACGAUAAGUAGCACCAUAACUUAUAAUAUAGUCUUAUAUAGCAGCCAGAAAUUGUCCUGCCACUUUAAAUACUGCUCCUUUCCCUGGUAAACAUUCUUUAUUUGGGAAUGCUUUUAAUCCCAUUAGGGUGCUUGCAUUUUUUUUAAUGGGAAGGGAGUGCAAAUGCUGUAGAUGAGGACGGCACAAGUGGGGUCUGGUAAAAGGGGUCUAUGCCGGGGCAGUAUGAGAGUCUCUUUGUAUCCUGGUGAAGCGACUGGCCUUGCAGCUAUGGGCACGGCUCCCCCCCCCUCACCAGUUCCCCUUCAAUAGCCUGCUUUGUUUUUACCCAACCGAUUAAAUACUGGGAAUUAGGAGUCAAGCUGCUACUCGCACAAAAAUUCACAUUCAAACGCAAUAUAAUUUUUUUUUUAAAUGUUGUGUAAUGAGGCUGAUAAAGUGAUUAAUUAAAAGAUUAUCCAUCAUUUAGAUCCAUCAUUGGCCUUCACAUGAAGCCACUUUAAAUAUAUAUAUGUUCUAUCAGGAGCCUUGAGUGUGUUCAAUUGAAGGGAAAAAAAAUAACAACAAGCUUCUUGUAAAGCAAAGUUUUAUUUUAAAUGAGUGCAAAUAAUCAUCCUCGCAUGUUUAAGCUUCUGCUGUUGGUGUGCAAUUGUCACACACAACUGGAAGAAACAUCAAGUAACAGCAAAAGUAAAUAAGACAGGAAAAAAAAAAGAUUACAGCAUUACCGUAAACACAAAAUUAUGGUGAUGUACAUUAAAUUUAAAGGAGAGCAAAGCUGCAUGCAAUUGGAUUAAAAUAGUAAAAGUGAUUUUAAAAUGAUAUAUGUCAUUUCAUGUUUUCCAGCUUUUUAAAUGUAGGACAAGUGAAGAUAAAAGUACAUUUGAGAUGAAUAACACAAUAAGGAAUAAUAAUGGAAAUUGUGACAAAAUAUAAUGUGUUACAUUUGAAUUUCAUGAGUAAAGAGCAAGAAUGAAAGAUAAGGCAUGGUAGCAAUUAAAUGUUAUGAAAAUACAUCUUUGUGAAAGCCGAUCUCUCUGCAUGAGGCAAUUUUCGUCGAAAUUGCCGUUGAUCGGAAUUCAUGCACAAUCAUGUGAGAAUUCACAGUGGAACAGACUUUCAGUGGCAAUAUUAAAGGCAGAAGAGUAUAAAUACAUA